GAGAGUGCUUUGUUUCGACAAGGGUGUGUCGGUAGCCACCAUCACAUUAUUGCCAAUGAAAACAUAUCACCUCUAGCAUUGAAGGCUAGUUAUACCUCGACGCUGUAAAAAUCAGCUGACAGCUCAACACCCGCAGCAGAUUACUUUGACCAGUGCGUGAACUGGGAUGUCUGCAGCCGACUGGUACGCCCACAAAUCGCUCGGAGACGGACUGUUCUGGAUCCAGGAGCGAUUCUACCAGUCAGAUAACCGGGCCAACAUCUGGCUGCUCCGCGGCUCACACCAGGACGUGGUGAUAGACACCGGGCUGGGCUUGAGAAGCUUACCUGACUACAUCGACGCCAAGGGGCUUCUCGGCAAAGACCCGCAGAGGAAAAACCCGCUGUUGGCCAUCGCCACCCACGCCCACUUCGACCACUCGGGCGGUCUGCAUCAGUUCCAACAGGUGGGCGUCCACAGCCUAGAGGUCGAUGCUUUGGCCAACGGAGACAACUUCGAGACGGUCACCUGGCUCAGCGACAGGGAGAUAGUCGAGGCUCCCAGUCCUGGAUGGAGAGCGAGGCACUACAAAGUGAAGGCGGUGCAGCCGACACACAUCCUGCAGGAGGGUAGGUGGGAGGUGCAGCACGUGCAGAUGUGAUUGAUUGUAGAGGGGUGGAUGUGUGACCAAAAGGCAGGUCAAAGGUCUCAAUGCGAUCGGCAUUACGCACGAUACCAUCUGACGGUAUCUAAGGCAUGCGAUCGGCAUUAUGCACGAUACCAUCUGAUCGGCAUUACGCACGAUACCAUCGGACGGUAUUUAAUAGAUGCGCACGUUCUCAGUAGCUUGCAUACUCUCUAUAUGAAAUCCUUUGUAUCCCCACAGGAGGGUCUUACCUCAAAUUUAGGGAAAACAUGUAGGUUUGUGUUAGGUAUAGUGUUUACAUUGGUGUAGAUGGCUCAUUAUAUAACAUAAAAUACAUACAUGAGUGCAGAUAAGGGCCUUUCAAGUCCCACCCUAAAGUAAACUGUAUAAGUGAAACAAUAGCUGCCCAGAAAUAUGUGAUUGGUCUCCUUUUGCUUUGCUUAUUCUCUCUAUUGGCAGAGCAGCUCCAUUUGAAGCUUUUGUUCUUUGGUUGAUUUUACUUCAGCCAAGAAACAAAGAAGACAAAAACAGGCCAUACUAAAGGAAACACCCCUUUGGAGUACAUACUACCUCACUGCACAGAUCUGGUUAUCACCUACUGUACUGUGAGCAGAUACACACCUUAUUCAUCCUGUGCAGUUUAAGUAAUUAACCUGAAACUUAAAAAUCAUAACUUAAUUGUAUAAUAGUUGUUAUUCAGCUUUGGCUUAAAAUGAACAUUUGAUCUUAAAAUUGCAAAAUCAUGAUCUGUUACCAUCUUUAGUAUUCUUGCAGUGUAAUUCUGCAAUGCUGGUCAAUACACUGAGUUGCUCUGCUGUGUCAGAGACACUGCUGCAGUGCAGGUGGAAUAUCUCAUUGCACAGUGUGUCAGUUUCACCCUCCCAUCAAGCUGAGUACAGCCUGGACCAAAUCGAUUAUUUACUGAAAGUUCCACUUUUUUUACUUCAUGGCAAGAAUAGGUGACUUAUUGAAAAGACAGUUUGUACCCUGGCGUGAUUCAACCCUGCCAAAUAACAAGGAUCAUGAAAAUACAGUUUGGAUCCACUUAUUUAUUUGCAACUUUGAUGGAUUUUAAAAUAUAUAUCGUGUCUGUAGGCGUGGAUGAUUUAAAAAAAUAUCAUAUGUUUAUCUCUUUCCUGUACAGGAGAUGUCAUCAACCUGGGUGACAGACAGCUGACAGUGCUCCACAUGCCUGGUCACUCUCGAGGUAGCAUCUGCCUCCAUGACCGUGACAACAAGCUGCUUUUCAGUGGAGAUGUGGUGUAUGAUGGAGCCAUGAUUGACUGGCUGCCCUACAGCAGGGUCAGUGACUACAUCAGCAGCUGUGAACGCCUGGUAGGGCUGGUGGAUAGUGAACAGGUAACAUUUGAACCAUUUCAAGGUUUUAUCAUUUUCGAUAAGAUGUUUUGAUGCACAACAAAUAAUUUGUGUCAUCUAAAUACAGUAGAUUCUCAGUUAUUUUAAAGAAUACCUGUUAAUGUGAGCUACACUGUAAGUCAGGAGGUGAUUUGUUAACGAUAACAAUGUGGAGCUGAUAAGUGUAUGGACUUUUACUCCAGAGAUAAACUGUAUGUUAUAAAUUGAUGGAUACCGUAUGGUUGUAAUGUUCAUAGUAAAGGAAACAAUGUUUAACUUUUACUCUACAGAAAGUUUUUAACAACCGGCAAAUCUAUUUCACAGGUUGACCAAGUCCUCCCGGGACACUACAACACCUUUGGUGCCAAGCGUCUCAACAGGAUUGCAUCUACGUAUAUCAGCAGAGCUGGCACCUGCCCUGCAAAGGUCUCUACAUUUGCUUGGAGGACUCUGGCCGGGGUGGCUCUGCGGGCGUGUAACCCACGUAGUGCCUGCUGAUGGGAGUGGAUUACGUGGGUUGGAGGGAGCACAAGUUCACAAAGGAAAGUGUUUAAAUAUGGAGGACAUGAGGAAGGUGAUGAAAGAUGACACCCCUUAUGUAUCUGUAUAUUGAUGUAACAGUGUCCAUUCACUUAUGUAAUCCAACAGAAAUCACAUACUUGCCAAACUUAGUCUAAAAUGCCACUAUUGGGUUACAUAAGUCAAUAUCAGCAUCAUAUGAAGCAUAUUAUACAAAGUAUUUAAUAGUGUGAUUCUGUUCUAUACUGAUGGAUAUGUAUUUGUUGAGUUAAAUAAUAUUAUAUGUAUGUUUUUAUACUAUAAGCAGUAAUAAAGUUAUAAUAGCACAACAAUGUACAACUCUGCACUUCAAACUAAAAAGCAGGGAGCUAGCUAUAGGUUCUCCUUUGAGGAAUUUAGUCCAUAUGGCCAUAGUAUCUCUCUAUGCAUUUUACAAUGCUCAGUGAAGACUCAGUGUCGACUACCUCCUGUGUUUGUAACAGUGCUUUGUACUAUUGACAAAUCCAAGGCUUUGCUAAGGAAACAUUGACAAUAAAGCCCCGUUCUACCUGCAUUUGUUUUUGCUUCUACAAAACUGAGAACUGCAGCUUCCACCUGCAAGUGUUUAUCGCAUAAGAUGGGCUAUCCUGUGGGAUUUAUUGCUGCAGGGUGAGUGUGAAUAAAAUUGGAUCAAGUAUGAUCCAUCAUAUGCUCAGA